AUGAUUGAGGCAGUACCAACAACAUCUGUACUGGUUCUAGGACUGGUACUUCUACUACCAAUUCUAGUCUUCCCACUCCUACCCAAACUGAAGAGAUGGAUCCACAAGUCAUCACCGUCAGCAAGUCUCUUGCCGAAUCUACGCCUCUGGAAUCGACGUCCCAGGCAAUCCAGUGAGAUUGUCUCGCUACGCAUGUACCCAAUUAAAUCUUGCCGAGGCUUUGAGGUGCACUCAACUACCCUCAAGGAGCAUGGCCUUGAUCUCGACCGGCGCUGGAUGUUGGUCGACGCCACUACAAACGAAUUCCUAACCAUCCGCCAAAUCCCCAACAUGACCCGCAUCAACACAGGGCUCAGUGAAGAUGGCAAAGACCUAAUUGUGACAAUCCCAAGCCCAGAAUCACCAACUCAACAAACCAAUACUGAUCCCAAUACCGCCAAAACAAUCCGCAUUCCAGCCCACCCCACCCAGGAAUGGCUCAAAACCCACACCACCAUAGCCCCCGUCAAGAUCUGGGAUAAUGACACAGAUGGGUACAUCUACAAUGAGGAAAUCAAUGCUCCAUUCACAGCUUUUAUGGGCCGUCCCGUCGCACUAGUCUACAAGGGCCCAACACCCCGCGUACUAAAAGGCAAUGGCGCACCUAAACUUCUAGGUCGUGUCCAGACAACCGGGUUUCCGGAUGUUUUCCCAAUUCUCAUUGCAUCAGAGGCUUCUCUCGCCGAACUGAAUACGCGUCUUAGUCUCAAAGGCGUGGACCCCAUCACUGUUGAACGAUUCCGCCCGAAUAUUGUCGUGCGUGGGGAAACGGCCUGGAGCGAGGAUUCCUGGAAACUGGUGCGCAUCACGGCUGGGAAUGGAUCUAAUGCCAGCAACAAGGCCAUGGCGCAGGCACCGUUGGACCUGGAUAUUGUGGCGCGUUGUGCGAGAUGUCAGGUCCCGAAUGUGGAUCCUGACUCGGCGAAUAAGCAUAAGAAGCAGCCGUGGGACACGCUCGUUUCGUAUCGCAGGGUUGACGAGGGGAUCAAGUAUAAGCCUUGUUUUGGGAUGUUGAGUGCGCCGAGGAACGAGGGGAUUGUGGAGGUUGGGAUGCGUUUGGAGGUUUUGGAGGAGACUACUGAGCAUCGGUACAUUACUGGAUUCUAG